GCUCUGUGUGUGUACACAAGUCAAACCACUGGAGGCGCUGUUUUCCUUGUUUGUGCAUCUGUGUUGGAUUUUAAUUCCUGGAGGAGUGUCAGUGUGUGAGAAGUCUCCUCCUUUCGGAACCUGAUUAUUCUCUAAUUCAAACCCGGCAGAAACAGCAGCAGCAGCAGCUUUUCAGUCUUCUUAGGCAGUGAGUGAGUCGCCAUCUUCAUCGAUCUCUGCUUCUUUUUACCUCUCAUAUCCAGCUUACACGCUCACGUUACAUUGGGAAAGCUGUGCACGUCCACCAAAUUACACAGACGCGUUAUAUUUUUUAAAUCACAUUGCAUACUGGGGACAACCAUUGCGCUGGCAACGCUGAAGGCAAGGGGAUAUAGGCUGCGUUGCACAGGCUUGUGGCAAAGGGGAUAUACGGUAGGAGGAGGUUUAUCUGUGGUGACCGCGUGAUCUGCACCUCCAGGCUGGGACCCACUUUCCCUUCCCUGUGCAGGAUUCGGCAACUUCACCACUAGACAUACAGUCAACUACCUGCAUUUGUUUAGCAUCCUAAACUAACCUGAACAAGAGUCUGCACUCUGGAGCCACAUCUAUUGGACCAGUAGCAGUUAAACACAUAAGGACUGUUAAUCAUGAGUGAAUUCUGGUUGUGCUUCAACUGCUGUAUUGCGGAACAGCCUCAGCCGAAACGGCGAAGGCGGAUCGACCGCAGUAUGAUAGGGGAGCCAACAAACUUCGUGCACACAGGCCAUGUGGGAUCAGGAGACCUGUUCAGUGGCAUGAAUUCAGUGAACUCUAUUCAGAACCAAAUGCAAUCUAAGGGAGGUUACGGAGGUGAAGCCAUACCAGUAAACGUUCAGCUUGUAGAUACAAAAGCAGGGUAGCGUACAAGUAUGUUUGGUUCCUUCUCUGUGUGUGUGUCCUUCCUUGUCUCCCUUUUGCCAUUGGUGGCUGCUUUUCGUGUUCCUCAUAAUGAGAAAGAAGUGAUGGUCCGUCAUUCAUCCUUCAUCCCUGUGACUGUUCUUCAAUGCAAAAAAUACAUGACAGUUUGCUGGUCCGCUCUGAAGAUGUUGUUCUGUUGGAACAAUUCUGCCGUGCCUUUCAGCAGUUCACACAGGCUUGCCCGAGUAGACAUGGACAGUAUGUUUCUCCCCCUAAAUCUAAACUAAUACAGAUGUUAGCAUGACCUUUUUUUUCCUGCAAGUGCCAGUGCUAAGUGUUACUACGCUUUUCCUUUUUUUGUAAUUUGCUAUGAGCAUUUGUGUUCUCUGUGUUUUAAAGUUGUUAAUGUUUGAAGGUCUGGAACCUGCAAACACAAUGAUUUUGUUUUAUUUUUAAGUAUCUUUCCUUUUUUUUUUUUUUUUUUGCGCUCCCUGUUUGGCUGUCAGCAUAGUAGUUGACCGCGUGUUUGUGAAGUAGCUUUGUACGGUGGCCUGUUGGUGCCAAAAUGCCCGUUGCUGCGGAAUGAAGAUACUGUUGCUGACAAGAAAUAAGCUCUAAUAUUGGCACAAGUUGAUGCCAUUCCAUAGGAAAUAGAAUUGUAUCUUAGCUGCUUAACAUUUGUUCUCUGCUCAGUUUGUUUGUUUUGUUUUGUUUUGUUUUAAUGAACUGGUCUCAAAAUAAAAUAACUGGCAUUGAAAUUGUAUUCUGCUGUAAAUGUUCAGUAUACUUGAUUUUAAAGAAUCUGACUUUGAGUGUGCAACAAGUAUAUAGUUAUGUGCAUAAUAUAGUGAUGUUCUUGUGCUCAGUACUGGUGUGGCAACCAUAUUGAUAUGACAUUAAGUCUUGCAGUCUUCUGCAGAAACAGUCUGAUCUACUGCCUACAUUAUUAACUUUACACUUCUUUUUUGAAUAAACCUUUCAUAGUAAAUGUCAGCUUUUGUUUACCAAAUAUGUAGGGUCCAUGCAGGUUGCCAUGGGCAACAUUUUGAGCUCUCUGAACAAAUGCCAGUACAAAUACCAUCAACAAACAGGGUGACUUCUUACUAUUUUACUUAAGGAUGUUUUGCUCAGGUUAAAAGGCAUAGUCUAACUUCUAUAAGAGUUGUGUACAUUGUAUAAUAAUAUUGCACUGUUUUCUAAUGUUAGUGUAAAGUGUAUAUCUAGAAGAUUAAAAAAACACAAAUAAAACCUGUACAAUAAGGUUGCUCACUGGUUAGCUAGAAGCCUUUUUUCAAACACUUUUAAUUAACAUGUUGCAAAAAACAAUGCAAAUCAUGAAUAAUUAAGCUGAAUAAUUGUCUGAGGUACUGUGUAUAAGAUCACUUUAAAAAAAAAAAAAAAGACUCAAAAGAACUGGCUUUCAUUGUAUGGUAAUCUGAGGAAAUGGGUAUACUAGAGAUUGCAUUUAAGUAAAAAAAUCUUCAUCUGCCAAAUUCUCUCAGUUUUUCAUGACGGGCCUUCUAACUUGCCUUGUAUAUUCCUGUUUACUCAGAUCCAUAGCUACUCAUUUAUGUGGGGUUUGUGAUGUGUUACAUGGAGAUAGUGCAGCAGGGCUUGCUUUUUUUCUGAAUGAAGUCUGGAUAAUGCCACCACUCCUGAUCAAGCACAUUUAAGAAAGAAGUAAAUGACCAAAAAGAUGUGUUAUAAAAAAUAAAAAAAAAACAACACUUUUGUGUCCAAUCUUAUAACCCCCAAUGCCAUGUGGCUCUCGAGUGCUACUGUAUGUUUGUAAAUAGUGUAUUCUGUGUUUAUCGCUCCCUGUGGUCAUUUUAUUUAUUUUUUUGUUUGUUACUGCCUGUUUUCAAGUGUUGCAUGGCAAGCCACAGAUAGGGUCUGUCAGUGUUUCAGCACUGACUGGUUAUGUGUUUCACUCUUGGGCCAGAUGGCAGGGACAAACAUUCAUUCCCUCUGUGUUUGCGUAUGUGGUAUUAUUUAUGAAGCCCCAAUAUGAAAGCACCUAGUGCGUUUUGUCAUUGUGAUUAAAUCAGCCAAAUGUGGACAAGAUAUUUUAAAUAAAAUGUGUAACAAAGCCCUUUAGGAAAAAGCUCUUUAAUAAAUUGAUGGUUAUUUUAAGCACGGUAAUUAUGAUUUUAAGGUGGACUGGUGUUUGCAAUAAAGUGUAAACAUUGAGAGAUAUAUGGUGACACCUUUGCCAACCUUGUGGUGAAAUCAUUAUUAUUUCUGCCAUAUUGAUCUGGUAGUGACUAUUUCUGCCUUUUUGACUCAAUAGCAAGGAAAAGGAGAAUACACUUGCAUAUUUUUUUAUGAUACAUAUACAUUUUGUACACCAUUCAUCCCUAAUUACAUCCAAUACCAUUGUAGGCUUGUAGAUUAUAAAUUGUCUUUAGCUGAAAUAAAGAAAUGUUUUCAGUGUUA